AUGGUUUCACGAUUGAGCGCUCUGAGAUCUGUCUUCAGAACAACAUCUCGUCCCUCUCAAGCUAGUUCUCGCAGAUCGGUUGUCAGUCUGCCAGUGGAAACACCUAUCGAUGAGGAAACGCUUCCUCACUACGACGCGAAGCAAUUCUAUCCCGUACACAUUGGAGACUUUUUCAAUGAUAGAUAUCGAGUCACCAGCAAGCUUGGCUAUGGGGCAUACUCGACGAGUUGGCUAUGUCGGGAUAUUCAACACCAAAGCUAUGUCGUGCUGAAAGUAUCUACAUCACUGCAAAAAUUUCCUACUGCGACAGAUCGCGAAUUCAGGAUUUAUGAGCACCUUGCAAAAAUCAAUUCGGCACACCCCGGACAAUCCCUGCUUCGAGAGCUCUAUGACUCCUUUGAGCUCCGGGGCCAUACUGGAAAUCACCGGUGUCUCGUCCUUCAACCCAUGCAUAUGACGCUUCUGGAGAUGACGACACUGAAUCCAAAACCGUUUGAUCUCCCUCUUCUUAAGAUGAUGCUCCGACGAUUAUUAUUUGCGCUUGACUAUUUGCACACUGAAACAAAUAUUACCCACACUGAUUUGAAAACUGAUAACGUGAUGCUCAGUCUAGAGGAUACUACGAUGCUGGCCGAUUGUGCGGAUGAAGAAACCAGGCAGCCAAGCCCUCGAAAAAUCAUAGAUCAAUCGCGAACCAUAUACCAAAGUCGAAGGUUUCGCCGACCGUUAAGAGGAAAGAGCUUCGGUCUUCCAAUCCUUUGUGAUUUUGGGGAGGCAAGGAUUGGGAAAAUACAUGAGUCGGGACCUUUCAUACAGCCGGAUAUAUACCGAGCUCCAGAAAUUAUGUUCGAGAUGGCAUGGGGGAGCGCUGUUGAUAUAUGGAAUCUGGGGGCUUUAAUUUGGGAUCUCUUCGAAGGGGGACAUUUAUUUGGGAAUAUUUUCGAUGAAAAUGGCAAUCAUGACCCCUUCAAACACCUUGCGCUGAUGGUCGCUUUGAUCGGGCCACCGCCGGCUGAUUUUGUACUUGGAUUGCCAAUGAAGACGCGCUUGUGCCGCAAGAAUCUUUGGAAAAUCUAUGAAAUGCGACUUUCUGGCAGUGAAAAAGAGGCGUUUCUUCAAUUUCUUAGAUCUAUGCUCAAGUGGUUACCAGAAGAGCGCAGGACGGCAAGACAGCUGCUUGAUGAUCCGUGGCUGCUCCAAUCCUAG